AUGAUACAUACGGCAAAGGACUUAGGGAUCUAUGAAUCUCUCUGCUACCGUAUCCGGGAGAUCGAUUACCAUAACCGCGAAAUCAUUGGUGACCUCUACCUCGAUGCCGAUGAAUCUAUAGGGGAAGGCUUCGUCGAUCGCAUUUGUAAUACGGACGAAAGGAUCGAUGAGCCGAAUCUCGAUCAGGGCGGCCUCAAAUGGCAUUUGGAAGUCAACGUAUAUCCCGUCAAGAAGGGAGAUCGAGUCGACGUGAUCGACGCCAUUAAAGUCUGGAUCAAGGCUUGUACCUGGACUGAGCUGAGCCGAGCCGAACUAGACUCAGGCUCGGACCUGUCGAGCUCGGAAGAACCGGGUACUUCGGUUGUCACGUCCGCGCCCUCUGCCAGCGCCGACGAUACCAGAACUCUGAUCGUCCGCGAUUUUAUUCCAUGGUCUUGCAUUCUUGCUAGCGACGUGACCUACCUCGGGACAGAUCGAAGAUCACGCAGUUUCCCGCUUAGCGAAGGAUACGGAAGCUACAGACCUCGUCACGCUCAAUCAGAGAACUUGGCGCAGACUUGCAAAGAAGCUCGACAAUGCCUAACCCCUAACCCAGACGUUGUACUUAUAGAAGCCCUGCUUUCACUUGCGAUUGGACAUGAAACCGAGAUCUAG